UGGAGGAUCAUAACUUCACAUCCUCCAUACUUCUAAAAACAAAUACUCUGACUGCAUGUUUUUGUCUUCAUUAGACUCGGUCAGACUGGUGAAUGGGACCAGUCUCUGUUCAGGCAGACUAGAGCGUAAGUCUGACCAGUCCAACCGUUCGUGGUCCUCAGUGUGUGAAGAUGACUUUGACCAGCAGGAUGCAGAGGUGGUCUGUAGGGAUCUUGGCUGUGGGGCCCCUUCUGUCCUCCAGGGGGCGCUCUAUGGAGACGGCGACAGCUCAGCCAGUAGCACCUGCUCUUCUGGCAAAGCUGUUGGACUCACCUGCUCAGGCAAGGGAGCUGUAGCUUUGAUAUGAGUUUUUAUUUUAAUAGACCCUUGCGAGGCGUGAGCAUUUUUUAUCAAUCCAGCGGUAAUAAACGAUGAAUAGCUUUCAGACAUCACUGCUGCCCUCGUAUGGGUUUGAUGAGUAGCUGUGUUAACUGGUGCAUCUCCACAGAUGUUUCCGUGGUUACCGGUAGUGAUGACGGCUGAUAAAAACACAAACAGAAGAUGCAUUAUGGAGAAAGUCACCAAUUUACUUGUUAGACACCAAAACCCAAACGGUUUUGAUUGUCUCUGAAUUCUGUAAAACCAUAGUCCUGCUGUUGGCAUAUUGAUUUUCAUAGGCAACCAUACAAAAUAAUGAUUAAAUCUUUUGACCCAUCUAAAAAGUUUUAGCCAAACGCCAUGUGUUGCCAACAUGCAUAAUCUGGGUCUGAAAAUGUGACGUCAUCUAUUUCUAACUAUUACUUCUAUUCGCUCAGAGCCCAAUGCCGUCAGGUUGGUGGGAGGAUCCAGUCGCUGUGCUGGGGACUUAGAGAUGAAAACACAGGGAGAAUGGAGAAAAGUGCACGAUGUAACGCAGUGGAAUCUGAAGAAGACAGACAUAUUGUGUGGAAAACUGGACUGCGGCUCUGCUGUUUCAACAAGGAAGAAGAAAAUAGGCAUUAAGGAAUACAUGUGGAUCUUUGGAUCAGCUUGUUUACAGCCCAACUCCGCAGUUAGGGAGUGUUUAUCGUCGGCGUAUCGGGUGCUUUCAUUCAUGGAGAUAAAUUGCUCAGAAUCCGUCAGGUUGGUGAAUGGGACCAGUCUCUGUUCAGGCAGACUGGAGGUGAAGUCUGACCAGUCUGACCAGUCCAAUCAGUCGUGGUCCUCUGUGUGUGACAAGGACUUUGACCAGCAAGAUGCAGAGGUGGUCUGUAGGGAGCUUGGCUGUGGGGCCCCUUCCUUCCUCCAGGGGGCGCUCUAUGGAGACGGUAAGACUCCAAUGUGGACCAAGGAGUUCCGGUGUGGAGGCAACGAGUCUGCUCUCCUGGGCUGUGGAAGCUCGGCUGGUAGCACCUGCUCACCUGGCAACGCUGUUGGACUCACCUGCUCAGAACCUGAUGAAAUCAGAUUGGUUGACGGAUCCCACCGCUGUAUUGGUAGACUUGAGAUGAAGCACGAGGGAGAAUGGAGGCCGGUGGACGAGAAUCAGUGGGACUUGGAGUCUGCUUCUCUAGUGUGUGGACAGUUGGCCUGUGGCGCUGUCCUUUCAAUUGAAACAAAAGAAAUGUCCCAACUAAAUGCAUGGCAUGUCCAACUAUCCUGUGAGCAUGAUUCCAUGCUCAGGGAGUGUUCAUUCAUACAGCCUGGCUCUUCCUAUGCCAAUCUGGAGGUCACCUGCUCAGAUUUUCUGGUUCAGCCAAACAUCUCCUUGGCCACCCACACUGACGGGGUAUCCAACGCCAUGCAGAAGGGAUUUGAGGUUCUCAUUGGCUCCGAGUACACCAUCAGCUGCUCCAUCCUGCCGCAGCAGCCAGGAGGCUCCUUCCAGCUUAUUUGGAAAACAUCUGCUGCAUUGGAAAGCUUCACCCUGGCUGCUGUCAAUCACUCUGCCCACUUCCAGUUUACUGCUGCUGACCCCACCCACCAAGGGGAGUACCGCUGUGUUUAUCACCUCCAUGUGUUCUCCCAUAACUUGUCAUCUGAGAGCCAGCCGCUCCGUCUCACUUUCUCAGCCUCUGUAGCUCAUCUGCUCAUCAGACUAUUCGUUGUGGUGCUGUUUGUAGCGUCCAGUGCUGUGCCAUAUCUGUGCCAAAUCAGAGGCAGUGGGAUAGAAAUCAUGAAAGGUGCUGUCAGUGAACCGGUGCCCGGCUUAGGAGAGCUGCUGUGGGAAGCUGACUGUGUGAAUUGCGGACUGAAAGAUAACGUCUUCUCCAUCAAUGCAAGGCAAGCAAAGAUGCCAAACCCAGAGGACACAGACAACUUGGAGCUGGAUUACCUCGGUGGUGGUGACAACUUGGUUCAGAGGUUACGCGUUUGCCAGCCUGACAAUCCCCAUGAAGACAAUCUGCUGAUCCUGGUUGGCUAA